UCUUGUGUGAUACAGCCCGGCCAGGACCUGGCUGACACGCGGCCCCGGCGCAGCCACUCGGGUUGUGUGCCACGUGCAGGCAGAGCCCAGCCUGGCUGGAGCAGCUGCCAGGAAACCAUUACAUAUGUCUGCACAUUGGACACUUGGACACCUAAUGAGAAGGGAUGGCUGUUACUCUGCACACUGAUGUGGGAGAUAUUAAAAUAGAGCUGUUCUGUGAACGAACUCCUAAGGCUUGUGAAAAUUUCCUGGCUCUUUGUGCUAGUAACUACUACAAUGGCUGCAUAUUUCAUCGGAAUAUUAAGGGCUUCAUGGUACAAACAGGGGAUCCAGCAGGCUCUGGGAAAGGAGGUAGCAGUAUCUGGGGCAGGAAGUUUGAAGAUGAAUUCAGUGAAUACCUAAAGCACAGUGUCCGCGGAGUUGUUUCCUUAGCAAAUAAUGGUCCUAACACCAAUGGAUCUCAGUUCUUUAUCACAUAUGGCAAGCAGCCACAUCUGGAUAUGAAGUAUACUGUCUUUGGGAAGGUAAUUGAUGGCUUGGAGACCCUGGAUGAGUUGGAGAAGUUGCCAGUGAAUGAGAAAACCUAUCGACCUCUUAACGAUGUUCAUAUUAAGGACAUCACAAUUCAUGCCAAUCCUUUUGCUCUGUAGAGAUUGGUCAAACUAACUACUGAUCACGAUGUUUACACUGGAAGUGUCAGUCAAAUUCUAUCAUACCUUUACUCCUUGACUUCAGGACUUUCAGUAACUGAUAGCGUCAGACAUGGUCCCAGUGGGAAAAAUGCACGCUGGCUUUUUUAAAUCCAGAUAUUCCACAGAGUCUGCCAAGAUUUUGGUUUGUAAUUUUUUUGUAUUAUUAUUUUGUACAUGCGGAGAGAAGAUGAGGGAAAGAAUCGUAACGACCAUAUACACAAUCCCUUUCCCAACCUGUGUUUUUGUCUAAAUAAUCUGUUGAGUCUUUCCUAGGACAUUUUAACAUUACUUACCUAAUGCCUUUCUAAGAAUAAUUAAGUUAGCCUUUUUCCUAGAAGACAGCACUCUCAUAAAGACAGACCCUGCAUAAAAAAAUUUCUGCUUGGGAAUCUACUUGACCAUAAACUGCUCUUCCCUUCAGCAGUGCAACCAAUGAAUACUUACAACAGUUUAACAAAUGCCAUUUUAUAACUGUUUAAGAGUUGAAAAUCAGUAAACGAUCUUCAGUUUUUAACUGGGAAAAACGUGACCUGCAGUGAAUCUCCUGGACAUAGAUUUAUGUAAUGUAUAAACAUUUAUGUUGCUUGUUACAGCUCCAUCCCAAAAUAAAGCUUCCCUAGUAUUGGGCUAU